UUCAACAGACGCUAGACAGCAGAAUUAAUUAGUUCAGUCCGAGAGAUUAAGCAUAAAUUUAGUUUGCCUUCAAGUAUUUUUAUGAUACUGAGAUAAGAUUGUACCAUUUUUAUAUAUGCUAUACAUUGGGAGUGAACUUUGUAGUGUUAUAACUAGAGUAAGACGCACUCACAGCGCGUUGACGUUUGGACUACGUAAUAUUAUUGAAUUGAACAAUGUGUACUGAGCCGUUGCAAUUGAUGCAAAUACAAAAAUGGAAAGACUUGAAAUCGGCAGCUCUCUCUGACUGGCCUAGGAGUAUUUCUAUGUACACACUCAUAGAAACUGAGGAACACAUUCUGGAACUUGGAAUUGAUUACGGUUUCAAGGUUUACUGUCCAUAUGGCGAUGUGAAUAAUGGAAUCGUUGCUCUUAAUGUGAAGAACCAAUUAUAUGAAGUUAUAGUCCAAUGCCCCAAAGAUGAUACCACAAACCUUGAGCAAGCUUUACUAACGACUUCGCUUAUUGACUGGACUCAACCACUGGAAGUUCCUUUUGCUCCUGUACAUGUUGCAGAAUGUGUAAAUAGGAUAAUAUAUAAAAAGAAUUGCAAGAUAGAUCAUAUUACCAUGACACAAACAUUCUUAUUGAAUAAAGAUUCGCCUUUAUUUGAUUUAAGCUUGGCUCCAGAACUCUCAUUCGAGCGCCUCACCCUAGACUGCGUAAACUUAGUUAAUACAACUUGGCCUCACAAAAUCCCCGGUUCCGAAUGGUACUUCGAGUUGCUUAUCAAGGCUAACUUGGGUUAUGGACUGUUUAAGAGUGGCGAACUCAUAGCAUGGUCGUUUAUAAAGGAAAUGGGUGCACUUGGACACUUGUACACCGUGGAAAAUCAUAGAAGGAAAGGUUAUGGUGAAUUAGUUCUUAAACUUAUAUCUAAUAUAUUGUUGAACGAUAAUAAAUGCGUGUUUGCAUACUGUAUUGCGGGAAAUGUUAAGGCAAGUAAUUUGUACAAGAAACUCGGUUUCGCCAGUGUUCUAAACGUUCAUUGGUGUAAUUUUGUACCGAAUUAGAUAUAUAUUUUAAAUAAAUGACAGAUAAAAAAAAACAUUUUAAAAAGAGAUCUUUCUUUUCAAUUGAGUAAAUUUGAGCCGAGAUGACAUCGUCAUCAUCUCGUCCUCGGCGAUGUCAGAUGAAAAUCUUAUUUACCCAUACUUAUUUUAGCUGCGUUAUUUUUACUUUUAUAAUAUUAGUGUAGUUAUUUUUAUGGGCCAAAUACAUGGGCCACUUCUAGAUAUGCUAUUUUUAUUAAGUGAUAAUACAUACCUGACUGAUUCCUGGCUAGCUAAGAAUGCCUCGACAGGAUGAGUGUUCCUGUUAACAAUUAAUUUGCUAUCGGGAUCUGCAGCUCUGUAAGUUAGCCAUUAAACCAAAGAGGCAAUUAGUUUCAUUAAGUAAACUAAUUGUAAUUCAUAAAAUACUUAAAACUAUAAUCAAAAUCGUAUAUAUUACAGAAUUUGGUAUUUCAUAAUCAAAUAUUAUAUAAUAACAGUUCUAUUCACACAAAACAAAUUAUUCUAAUACAAAUAUUUAGGUUAAAUUCUUAAGUUUUCAAUAAUGAUAAUGAUUAGAAAUUUAUGACAAAACGUUUGAAGCGAAACCGAUCCCUUUAUAUUUAUAGUAUAUUAUGUAAUAUUUAUUUCCGUGUCAUAAAGGUGUGAUAUUAUGAGAAAAAUAUUAUAAUAGGUAUAUUCCAAUACCUUUGAGAAGCCGCAACAGAUAUUGCAUGACGGGCUUGUGACGUAACACAAAUAGAAAUACCAACAUUUUAUGAUAUAUGUACGAGCUGCCCGUCCCGAUUUAGUACAGUUGAAAAAAGAGCAAUAUGACUUACAUUUUAAUUUGUUAAAAAAAAUUAUACUUGAAAACCUAUCUCGUCUAAUCUAAAUAAUCUACUUAAACAGACAAUAAAAUGAUCAAUAUCGGUCCAGCCGCUUAGAAGUUAAUUUUCAAUAAAAAAAUGGGUAUUCCAUUUUUAAAUUUUGGUCGAUCGAUGUAUUAUGAUAUAAUCUGUCUUUAUGUAAAAAUUAUUACUAUGACAUAUGUUCAAUUAUUUAUUCUCUUUGUUGUUUAAACACAAAAAUAAUACUGGUAGAGCGCAUUGAUUUAAACAAACUCACUCUUUAUAUAUUUUUCUUAAUAUAUACUUUAUAUAGGAGUAUAUUUACUACGCUAUCUUACAAGUAUGAACUGAAACAAACUAAUAUGAAGCUAAUCAAAUCAAACAAACAAGUUUACUCAACGUUCAUUACGCAAAGUCAAUCUUAUUAAGUGUAAUACCCUUGUAAUAUAAUUGCAGAUAAAGUGCAACAUGGUAUUGCUAAAUAAUGUUUUUCAUUGAAUUGUUCUCAUGACGAUCAAAACGGGGGUUUUUAUGUCUCGUCGCGAUCACAUAUGUAUUAUCUGUCAAUGAGAACAUGAACAUUAAUUAGGUAUUAAUGGACCAAAUUAAAGAGGAGGGAUCAAUAGUAUUAUCACUAUGUAGAACAACUAUAAAAUGAUAUAGCAUUAUAUUUAACUUUGGAUCUUUUUGUUUUGAUAAUGUUGCUUGCAUAUGUAUAAACAGACAUAUUUCAUUUAUAUAGUAACGAUGACAAUCGUUAUAUAAACACGAGGAGUAAAGAUUAACUUGUAACAACUAAUUUCUGACUUAAAUAAAUCCUCCCGGGAGCUCGGUAUUCGUUUCUAUAAUAAGCAUUUAUUAUUUAAGUAAUGUGUAUGAAUCACGAUCGAUCUAACGAAUAAAGCAUUUAUAAGAAAUA